AUGUGGUCUCCUGGCUCGGAUUCCGGGCAGCCCCUGGCCCUGCUGGCCCUGUUCCUGUUCUCGUCUCCCCGCUCGCUGAGCCCCCGAGCGGAAAAACGCGCUCCUCCGAGGGCCAUCAGGAAAUACGGCGACAGGAGGGACAUUCCCUGGAAAGUGGCCUCCCUCCUGCCGGGGCUCCGCUACGCCCUGAGGAAAGCCGGGAGCUGCCCCUGGAAUGACUCCGUCAGCGCCAGCACGCGGAUCCAGCAGCACUUCCAGGAAUACGCGAAGCUGGGGCAGGACCCGGAGCCCGAGGGCGACGACCACCUGAGCCUUCCCCCUGCAGAGGAGGGAUCCAACCCCUUCCAGAGAUUCCCGGAGAAGUCGCUGUGCCAGCUGCGGCACUACCUCCUCAAUCCCAAGAGCUACACCCUGAAGCUGUCGGCGGCCACCGGCUGCUUGAAGGGGGACGGGCAGUCCCUGCUCGGCGCUGCUGCUGCUCCUCCUCCUUCCCCGCCUGCCGGUCCCAGGAGGGAAUCCCCCAAUUCCCAGGGCGGGGCAGAGCCCCAGGAAGAUUCCAGCGAUCCCCGGGGGAAGCAGGGAAGGAGGAAAUCCACCCGGCUCCUCAUGAGCAUGAAGAGGGGCUCGGCGGAGGCUCCCGCGGGAGACGAUGGCAGGAGCGCCAAGAGGAAAUCCAGCGCCUCUCCCUCUUCCAAAAGGGCGGGAUCCACAGGGAAUUCCAAGGGGUCCUUGCUUAGGUUGGCCAAUCUGCAGCUUCCACACGGGAGGAAAAGAGGUGCCGAGGUCCUGGCUGCCAGAAUCGUCCGCAAAUCCCCGGAGAAGCCCGCGGAGAAGGGAAACGUUGCUCCCGACGUUCCCGAUUCUCCCGACGCUCCCGGUCCAGCAGCAAAGAGAGCGAAGGCUGCGGAGAGCCCACACGCCCCCAGUCCUAUUCCUGGCCCCGUUCCCAUUCCCAUGGAGGUGCCUCGUGCCGAGAGAGCCCCGACUCCGGUGAAAAACAAGGUGCAGGAAGGUCCGGAGCGCGACCCAUCCCAAGCUCGAGGCGACGACGGCCGAGCGGGAAGCGGUGAGAGUUCCGUGGUUUCCCUUGGGAAAUCGUUCCCUCAAAAGGUUGAUUUGCCCAGUGAUGGCAGCGAGAGGACAAGGGGAUAAGGAUUUUAACUGGAAGAGGCUAAAUAUUGGGAUACUGGGAGGGAAUUCCCUGGUGGUGCUGGCGCAGGGCGCCCAGAGGAGCUGUGGUUGCCCCUGGAUCCUUGGAAGUCUCCGAGGCCGGGUUGGACUGGGCUUGGAG